AUGUCGAAUUUAUCCAAACUUGAGUUUGUGGCAUUAGAUAUUUCUGAAAAGAAUUAUCUUUCAUUGGUACUCGAUGCUAAGAUUCACUUAGCUGCUAAAGGUCUUGAGGCCACCAUUACUCAGGGAAAUGAAGCAUCGAGCCAAGAUAAGGCAAAGGCUAUGAUUUUCCUUCGUCAUCAUCUUUAUGAGGGCCUAAAGAUUGAAUAUCCGACAAUAAAACAUCCACUUGAAUUGAUAACCUCCCAGUUGAAAUUAUGUGGGGAAACUAUAAAAGAUGAGGACAUGUUGGAAAAGACACUUACUACUUUCCAUGCCUCACAUGUGAUAUUGCAGCAUCAAUAUCGUGAAAAGGGUUUUCAGAAAUAUUCUGAAUUAAUCUCAUGUCUUUUGGUAGCUGAGCAACAUAAUUCUCUUUUAAUGAAAAAUCAUGAAGUUCAUCCUACUGGAGCUGCUCCAUUACCGGAGGCAAAUGUGGUGGAAGCACGUGAUCAAUCUGAAGUAAAAAAGGAUGAUCAUCGGGACUAUAAUAAUGCACGGGGGCGUGGCAAAGAUAAGAGGUGA